UUUCGGCGCGUGUUUAUAGUUUUGUAUUAGUAUCGUUUGCCAGUGUUGAUUAGUUGAUUGCAACGAUCGGCUUUUAAACAAAAUGGGUGAUCAGAACAAUCGUAUAACGUUGAAAUUAUUGGAGCUGAUGCAGAAAACUGGCUACCCUAUCGUGCAGCAUAACGGUCAGAGGAAAACUGGUCCACCACCAGAAUGGACGGGCGCGCCGCCUCUCAAAGGCUGCGAAGUUUUUAUCGGGAAGCUGCCUCGAGAUGUCUUCGAAGAUGAGCUCAUGCCUCUCUUCUCAAGCGUUGGUAAAAUCUACGAAAUGCGCCUUAUGAUGGACUUUUCGGGCUCCAACCGUGGUUACGCUUUUGUCACAUACGCGACGCGAACCCAAGCUGCCGCGGCGGUGAAGCAGCUCAAUGGUUACGAGAUACAGCCACGAAGGCACAUCGGCGUUGUCAAAUCCGUGGACAACUGCCGGCUUUUCAUCGGUAACAUACCGAAGACUAAGACUCAAGGAGAACUGCUUCAAGAGCUGUCCAAACACGUAACCGGGCUGGUAGAUGUGAUUCUAUACAAAAACAGCUUCGAUCGUAAUUUGAAUCGUGGGUUUGCAUUUGUGGAGUUCACGUCUCACAAAGCCGCGGCUAUGGCGCGACGGGAGUUGGUGCCGGGUUGCAUUAAACUGUGGGACCAGGAGGUUCUGGUGGACUGGGCAGAACCGGAGCCGGAUAUUGAUGACGAGCAAAUGAAAAAGGUGAAAGUACUAUAUGUUAGAAAUUUUGCAAUUUGGACAACUCCAGACUUAAUACAAAAAGUAUUUGAAGAUGCAAUAAAUAAUAAAAUAGAGCGUGUGAAAAAAAUUUAUGACUAUGCUUUCAUACAUUUCUAUGAAAGGGAGCAUGCUGAAUUGGCUAUGGCGAAAUUACAAAAUGGUGACAUUGAUGGUAGUAAUGUAGAAAUACGUUGGGCUAAGCCUGUUGAUCGUGAUCUUUACCGCAUACAAAAAUUAAAUAGAGGCAAUGCAAAAUUUAACAAAAGCUGUGAUUUGACUCAAACACUUAUGCUUUAUAAACAGCACCUAGACAAAAAAGAAUACGCCAAUGGCAGCCCAAAGGAUGAAGGCAUUGGGUCAGCGUAUGCAGGAGACAGCCCGUGCAUUUCUCCAAUGGAUUUGAAACCGGCAUAUCCCUAUACUGCAGCACCACAGUCAAAUUAUGCAUUAGCUCCAGCUAAACUGGAGUCUAUGUGUAAAAGAUAUUUAUGGAGCCCACCAGUAUACAAUUACCAAAAAUAUGUGGAUCCUGCAGGAGUAGAACUUUGGGUGUGUUCUGUUGAACUACCACAAGUUGGGCUGCCGCUGUUAACUAUACCACAGCGUGUUGGACCUCUGAUUGGUAGAGCUUGUUACUCCAUCCUGCAGGCUAACGUUGAGGCAGCUGAUAUUGCUCUGCAGACCCUAAAGAUGCUGAGAGUGGACUUGAUUCAACAGUCUGCACCAGCUCCGCCCGUGUAUUCUCCCAUGCCUGCUGUCCAGAACUGUGUGAGAUUGCCAUAUGACUACCCACAAAUGUACCCACAAAUGCAACAGGUUCUCCCACUAACUAUUCCCACAGGCUGGCGGACAUUUUAGAUUUAAUACUAAUUAUAGGACUUACUUACUCCCUUGAUAUACUUUUAUACAUAACUUUAGUUUAGAUUUAAAUAGAAAUCUAUUCUUUAUUGUUGAACAAUAUGACUAGAUUUUGUAAGGUUUUUGUUGUAGCUUCAGUGAGAUAUUAAUUACUCACAGUAAUAAUACCUAUAUAGAACCAUCUAUUGAUGACUAUCAUAAUUACAAACAUUUAUUUGUAAGACUGUUGACUACAGGUAAAAAUCUCACUUAGUGCAAUGAAAAUUCUGUCCUUGUUUUUGGAAAAAAAGGUGGGAUUUUCUUUUGCAUUAGCAUUUACUUUAUACUUUAAUUUCGAAAUUUCUUGUCAAAUCAUACAAUAGCUUGAUACAAUAUUUUGAUUGUACAUGUUAUUGUACCUUUGAGUUAUUUUUUUUUUAAUUUGUUUAAACUUGACUAUCCUUUUUUUCUUGACUAUGUAUCUUUGACAAUAUGCUUAAACUCGAAUAAUUUUGACUUUAACCUGAAAUAUUAUAG